AUGCUUCAGGCUGCGUCGUCUGAGCUCAGAAACUGCAGAAUAAAUCCCAGAAGUUUAAUCAGAUGUUUGGAGAGCGGCUCCAUGUGUGUCACGCUUCCAAGAGCCGCGGUCCUCCACAUCAGCGACACAAGCUCAGGACAAACCCUCCAGGACAGACCCCGGCUCCAGGACUCACCUACUUCCACCUACUUCCACCUACUUCCACCUACUUCCACUGGUCCUGGCCGUGGCUAUCUCCUGUUAUUUCUCUCGGAGUUGUGUUUCCUCCACCGGUUCCUCUGCCACACCCGUAGCGACAGCAGCAGCUCUGCAGUGGUAAAGAGGACGUGCAGGUUCACAGACAGCUUUUGGGGACGUGUUUUAACAAGGAUGAAGUCAGGGCUUGCUCUCCUUGUGGCUCUGUGUGUGCUCGGCUGCACCUCUGCUGACAAUGUCAAACUCUUGCGUUCGAGGCGCGGGACCCGUUUCAGAGGUGAGCCCGAGCGGCAGCCAUCCCGACGGACGCUUUUCAUUAUUCAUGUUCAGAAGUCCACCCCGUCCUUUGCCACGACCUUCCAGUGUGUGGACAGUGCGACCUCUGCAGUGCGUCGGCUCGGAGACACGUGGCUGCGGUGGAGAGAGCAGCGUGUGGAGUUUUGCCGUUGUGCGAUGAGAGGACGAGAGCUUUGUCAUGUUGUUCCCGUCAUCAACUGUUAUGUGUCUCACUGCUAUAACGGCGGCACGUGUAAAGAGGCUGUGUACACGUCAGACUACAUCUGCCAGUGUCCCGCCGGCUUCAGCGGAGCUCAGUGUGAGAUCAACACCAAAGAGCGGUGUGUGACUGGACACGGGGAGGGUUACCGCGGCACCUGGAGCAUCAGUCACUCCGGAGCAGAGUGCAUCAACUGGAACUCCACUUCUCUGAGAGGCAAGCGCUACACGGCCCGAAAGAACGACGCCAGCAGCCUGGGCCUGGGCAAUCACAACUACUGCAGAAACCCUGACGGCGACAGCACCCCCUGGUGUUAUGUCUACAGAGGUACACAAGUCGCAUGGGAGUUUUGUGCUUUACCCAAGUGUCCUGAAGACAGGGCGUGUGUUUCGGGCUCGGGUCAGUCUUACCGGGGGACAGUGGCAGUGACCAGAACUGGGUCCCGUUGCCUGCCCUGGGACUUCUCUGCGGUCAGGAGAAAACUCUACAACGCAUGGAGGUCGGACGCUCUGGAGCUGGGUCUGUCCGGACACAACUUCUGCAGGAAUCCAGAUGGAGACGUCGGCCCCUGGUGUCACACGUACAAGAACAUGCAGCUGACCUGGGAGCUCUGUGAUAUUCCAAAAUGUGCUAAAAAACCCGUCAUAACCACCCUUGGUCCGCGAGCUCCCACCUCCAACAACAACAACAACAACAGAGCCACGUGCGGAGAGCGUCUGGACAACACCCUGAACCGUCCCUCGUUCCGUAUGUUUGGAGGCCGAGCCAGUGACAUCACAGAGCAGCCGUGGCAGGCGGCCAUCAACGUCUACCAGGCGCGUCUCAAACAGCACUUCCACCGCUGCGGAGGCGUCCUGAUCCAGUCCUGCUGGGUCCUGUCCGCGGCCCACUGCUUCGAAGACCACGCCAAAGCCGAGAAACUGGAGGUGGUUCUGGGCCGAACGUUCCGCAAACAGAACUCGAGCAGUGAGCAGAUAUUUAAGGUGGAAAAAUACUGGAUCCAUGAGAAGUUUGACAACGAGACCUUUGACAACGACAUCGCUCUCCUGAAGCUGAGCUCUGACAUCGGUCUGUGUGCGGUGAAUGCUCCGGAGGUGUUCCCGGUCUGUUUGCCGGAGCGAGGCCUGGACCUGCCGGACUGGACCGAGUGCGAGAUCUCUGGUUAUGGGAAAGAUGCUGAGUUCUCUGCAGAAUACUCGGAGCGUGUGAAGCGGGGGUACGUCCGUCUGUGGCCGAAGGAACGCUGCGUCCCCUCAGUCCUGUCCGGGAGAACCGUCACCUCCAACAUGCUGUGUGCAGGAGACACUCGGGGCCUGGACGACGCCUGCAAAGGCGACUCCGGGGGCCCUCUGGUCUGUCGGAACAAGGAGCGGAUGACGCUGAUGGGUGUGAUCAGCUGGGGCGACGGCUGCGGACAGAAAGAUAAGCCUGGCGUUUACACCCGCGUCACUCACUACAUCGACUGGAUCAACGCCAAGAUCGAGGCCAACCCACCCAGCGCUGGGACCGCCGCCACAAUGAACGUCUUUGGAAAAAACAAGUCAAAGGCCCCGGCUCUUCCCAAACGGAGAGUUGCAGAACCUGAACGACACCAGGACACAUACGAGGAGGACGACGGCAUGUACGAGGCCCCGCCCUGCGAGCGCCAGGUCCCUGUGCCCCAGAUCCCGAAGGAGGAGAACGUCUAUCUGGAGAGGAGACCCAGCGCUGCCCUCCCACAGAGACGGGGCCCUCCUCCGCUGCCACACGGCCCUAAAUCCAGCCCAGGAGACGUCUCGUUAAACUCCCAAAAUAUGAAACCUCCUGAUGUGUUCAGAACUGAAAAACCAGGGAGGAAGAAGAUGGCUGUGCCGGUGCCGGUCACACCGUCACCAAAACCAGAGGAAGAUCUAUAUUUGGAUAUAUGUGAAGAAAAUGAGAGUUCUGAGUACUUAUACUUGGACCAAGAACAGGCGUGUUCUCAGCUUCCAUCUGAAUCCAAGGCACCUCCCUUCUUCAAACCAGCACUGCCCACACCAGAACCAAUGGUGAAGCAUCCACGUCCAUGGGAAAAAUCGGUAUCUCCCACGGCAACAGCUCCAAAGGUCGAAGCCAGAAGGUUCAGUUCCCCAAAUGUGACUCCCCCAGUUUCAAGUCACCCGAGGCCAACAAGUCAGAGAGAAAAGCUGGGGCCUCCGGAACCAAGUAUGAAAGACAAUAAACCAGUUGCUUCGGUUCGAGUUCAACAAGGACCAAAAGCACCGGUCGAGAACAGACAGUGGUUUUCUGAAGACUGCAACAGGAAAAAGGCAGAGGAUCUUUUGCUGAGCAUCAAAAAGGACGGAGCCUUCCUGGUGAGAAACUGCUCUACACAGAGCUCCCAUCAGCCCUACACUCUGGCCGUCCUGUACCAGCAGAAAGUCUACAACAUUCCCGUCCGCUUCCUGCAGGGGGAGACACCGGGCUUCACUUUAGGGAAAGAGGGAAAGAAGAACGAGGUUUUCAGCUCUCUGGACGACAUGAUUUCUUUCCACAAAAGCCACCAGCUGCUUCUGAUUGACAGCAAGAGCCAAGCCAAACACACCACGUACCUGACCCACGCCGCGGCUCCGUGA